AAAAUCAAAAAGUUGACAGUUUUUUACCAACUCCCGUUUCUAAUGAAAGUAAAGAGUAAUGAGCCGAUUUAAAGAAGGAAAUAUUUAAAUAAAUUAUAGCAACCUUUGGCUUGUCAGUGGACUUUUCUUAACAUUAAAAUAUGACAGAACAACAUGAAAAUAAAUGGUCCACUUAUGGAUUCAGAAUCCUCAUAAACACCGUAUCUCAUCCUUUUGAAUAUGCUAAAGUUCUCAUACAGAUUGGAUAUGAACCUAUUCCACCUAGACCAUCCACAACAUUUUUUGGAAAGCCAGCUCUUAAAUUACCUAAUAUAUUUCAGUAUGUGAAACAUAUUAAGACAGUCGAUGGGUUUACCGGGUGUUAUAGAGGAUUAGAAUCAAAAGCUUGUGGUAGUAUAUUGAGUGCACUUGCUACUCAAAAAGUAACUGAGUAUUUGGAAAUUAAUAGGGUUGAAGAUGAUGAGGAAGAGAUGGAUGUUGAGUUAUUGAGAAGAAAAAGGUUCAUUCGCAGCACAAGAAAUGAUAUUGUUACUAGAGCAACUGCCAUCAUAGUAAGUCAGCCAUUUCAUGUUAUAACAGUAAGAAUAAUGGCGCAAUUCAUUGGUAGAGAGGUGAAAUACCAAGGUUUGUUUGGAUCUAUAGGAGAAAUUUAUCGACAGAAUGGAUUACUUGGAUUUUUCAGUGGUUUAGUUCCCAGACUUCUUGGGGAUAUACUAACCGUGCUGAUUGCUAAUACUUUAACUUAUGUUAUCAAUACAUAUAUUGUUGAAGAAAAAGAAUUACAGGUUUAUACUUCUGCAACCAUGAUGUUUAUUGCAACUGCAGUUACUUAUCCAUUCCAAGUAGUUUCUAAUUGUAUGGCUGUAACUAAAUCAGGACUUAUGGCUGGAUCACCACCAUUGAUGCCUCACUACGGUACAUGGGUUAACUGUUGGACAGACUUAUCCAAUCGCAACCAACUGAAGAGGGGCUCCAGCUUACUUGUCAGGUACUAUGUCGGACCGCAAUUUUCAAUUGAUAGUAAAGUGAUGCCAAAGAUGUCCAGUUUGAAAUAUUAAAGCAUUUUGUCGUUUUUAUUUUCGUGUUCUGUUAACUGUAAUAAAUUCCCAUCGGCUGUAUUUAAUAAAUUUGUUGUUAUUCA